AUGGCCGCCGCAUUAUUCGCGUCCUCCCCCAAGAGCCCCUUCAAACGAAACUCCCUCCCGUCCACAUCAUCGCCCGCCAUAGCCUCCCCGCCCAAGAGCUGUCUCAAGCGCAACUCCUUCCCCUCCUCCCCGCGCCCCGUCUUCUUCGACGCCCCGCGCUCCGCCAGCCCCUUCAGCGCGGUCUUCGAGUCAGACUCCGACUCGAGCGCGAGCGACAGCGCUUCCGGGUCUGGGUCGCAGGCGUCGUCGUGCCCAGGCACGCCCCCCACGACCACCCGGCGCCCGCGCGCGAAGUCCGUGAGCUUCUGCGAGGACGACGACGUGCGCGUGUUUUACCCCAUCACGGACCCGCUGCACAAGCAGGCCCGCAAGCAGUUCGUGCGCCUCUUCAAAGCGUGUGCGGAGGCCAUGAAGAUCGAACCGCCCCCGCCCUCGCGCCACAGCUACUCGGGCUAUGGAGAGUGCGUGCUGGAGGGCGAGGAGGAGCGGUGA